AUGCUAUCUCAAAAUCAUCAUGGAAAGGCCGAGGGCACGGCAGUGUUGAACGCCAAGGGUAACAGAUACAAUUUUAUGGUCGUCUUCUUUGCUGCUUUGGGCUCCUUCACCUAUGGCUUCAAUUCUGCUAUUGUCGGAACAGUGUUUGGUCUGCCUUCAUUCUUUGAUUACUUUGACAUAUCCCUCGACGGACCUCACGCCACAAGAGGCAAUCAGUACAUUGGAGCUGCAAAUGGACUCUACGCAGGAGGUGGUCUGAUCGGUAGUCUAUGUCUACACUGGUCGAUCAACAAGUUCGGUCGACGUCCAACUAUUCAGGUCCUCUGCGUGGUGGCCAUCAUAUCUGCGAUUCUCCAGGGAGCCGCUGUCCAUAUCGCCAUGUUCUUGGUUGGGAGAUUCCUCAAUGGUCUCGGAGUAGGAGCAAUCGACGUUGCUGUUCCUUUGUAUCAGUCCGAGUUAUCUCCAGCAAAGCAACGAGGCAGAAUGGUCGGAUCACAUGGCUUUUUGGUCGUUUGUGGCUACGCCGGCGCUGGCUGGACAGGUCUUUGGUGCUUCUUUGUCAAGAACCCUUCUGUGCAAUGGAGACUAUGUCUGUGCUUGCAAGUUGUAGCACCAGCUAUCCUCCUUCUCGGAUCUCCAUGGCUACCGGAGUCACCCAGAUGGCUCAUCUCGCAAGGACGUAAUACCGAGGCCCUGGAGAUUUUGAAGCGACUUCAUACUGGCGGCGCAGCGCAUACCGAUAUGGCGGCCAGAGAAGAGUUUUACCAGAUCUCGAAGCAGAUCGAACUUGAGAGCUCGAUCGGCAACACCAGCUUGUGGGGUUUGAUGUUGAAGCCAUCGUAUCGCAAAAGAGUUCUUUGCGGCAUGUUUGUACAGUUCCUCGCCCAGUCCACUGGCGUGCUUGUUGUGAACAAUUACUUGAUUCUUCUCUUGAACAACCUCAACCUGACCGGCUGGACUCCGCUGCUACUCUACGCCGUCUACGACACCUGGGCGGCUUUUAUGAACUUUAUCAAUUCCCUCCUCCUUGACAAACUGGGCAGAAUCCGCAUCAUCACGGUCGGUCUGAUUGGGUGUGGUGUGAUGAUGAUCAUCGAGACAGCCAUGGUCGCGAAUUUCGCAGGGUCCAGCAACCGUGCCGGCAACGCAAUGGGCGUGCUGUUUCUUUACCUCUUUGUCACCUUCUAUGGCGGAAGUCUCGACGCCGGCAGCUACGUGUACUGCGCAGAAAUCUUCCCCACCAGCAUUCGUGCACAGGGGUUGGGGUUGUCAGUUGCUUCUCUCUUCGCGUCCACGCUGCUGUACACGGAAGUGGCGCCGACGGCGUUCCAGAAGAUCGGAUGGAAGUAUUACCUCGUCUUUAUCAUUGUCCCUCUCGUCGGCGUGCCGUUCCUGGCUUAUUACCUACCGGAAACGAAGAACCUGACGCUGGAGGAGAUUGCGGCAAAGUUUGGUGACGAGGUCGCUGUGGACAUUAGUCAUUUGAGCGAGGAGCAACGAAGGGCCCUUGAUGACAGAUUGGCCGCUGCAGAGGACGGGUUGGGUUCUACCACCAUGGAGCCCGGCGUGGGUUCGGAGGAUCAAAAGGUUGCCAUUUCACAUUCGGAAAAGAAGAAUUGACUGGGAUUCCUGCUGGCAUUUCAGAUUGACAAGUACCGAGGAUUGUACGGAGUAUCAUGGUAGAAGGAGC